AGAAUGACGCCCCCCCCCCCACCAAAAAAAAGAAACCCAAAACAAAACAAAAAAAAGAAGAAACAAGAAAAGAGAGCGAGGCGUCGCGGCAACGGAGAGGAACGGAAUACCAACCGGGAAGUUGUUGCCGUUUUAUUCUACAGGUUGCGCGACCGUCGGAGAAGAAUAACGCACCGGAGGAGCCGAGCGUCGCCUCCGAGCCCGCUUCACUCCCGGUGUGUUUGGGUUUGCUGUCGCCGGACGAACGGCCGCUUUCCCCCCCCACUCAGAGACUGAAGCUGCCGCAUUGCAACAGGCGAAAGAAGCAGCAGCGAAGUGGUGGUGGAGGAGGAGGACAGAUAAACCCGACCGUGUCCGCCGCCUGUAUGGUUAGCUGAAAACACGGAACGGAACAAAAAAAAAACAAUUAGAGAAAUAAAGAUUAAAGAAAAAACUAACACACACAAACACACAAACAACAACAACUGUUCGACAACCAGAGAUGUCCAGACGAAAACAGGCCAAACCGCGCUCCGUUAAAGAAGUCCCGGCGUCUGACAGAGAGGUAGAGCCCAAAGACGGUCACGGGCCGGGUGCUGAGGAUGGAGAGCAUGAGGAGCACGAUGACCGCGAUGACAGAGAUCACGACGACGAUCUAGAUGACGAGUCCAUCUUCACCUGUGACAACUGUCAGCAGGACUUCGACUGUCUGGCUGAGCUCACUGAACACAGAACCAACCACUGCCCAGCAGAUGGCGACGAUGACCCAGCAGGGCUGUCCUGGGUGCCUUCCUCGCCCUCCAGUAAAGAUGUGGCAUCGCCCUCACAGAUGCCCGAUGGCUGCUGUGACCUCGGCAUGGCCACCGGCGGCGAGGAGGAAGGAGGCGCUGGUCUGCCGUACCCCUGCCAGUUCUGUGACAAGUCCUUCAGCCGUCUGAGCUACCUGAAGCGCCAUGAGCAGAUCCACAGCGACAAGCUGCCUUUCAAGUGUACCUUCUGCAGCCGCCUGUUUAAACACAAGAGGAGCAGAGACCGCCACGUCAAACUCCACACAGGAGAUAAGAAGUAUAGUUGUCAGGAGUGUGAAGCUGCAUUCUCCCGCUCUGAUCACCUGAAGAUCCAUCUGAAAACACACAGCUCCAGCAAACCGUUUAAGUGCAGUGUGUGUAAGCGUGGCUUCUCCUCCACCUCAUCACUGCAGAGCCACAUGCAGGCUCACCGCAAGAACCGAGAGCACCUUGCACUGAGGAGUGAGAGGGAUGGGGGAAAGAAGGGAGUUGGAGGAGACGGUGACCUGGAGCAGGACCUGUAUAUGUGUGAUUACUGCGAGGAGACGUUCAGCCACACGGACGAGCUAGAGAAACAUGUCCUGACCAGACACCCGCAGCUGUCUGACCGAGCCGACUUGCAAUGCAUCCACUGUCCUGAGAUCUUUCUAGACGAGGCCUCUCUCCUCACGCAUAUUGAAACUCAGCAUGCCAACCGCAAGCACAAAUGUCCUGUGUGCUCAGAACAGUUCCCAUCAGUGGAGGAUGUCUACUGCCACCUAGACAGCCAUCGCCAGCCUGACUCCUCCAAUCACAGCGCCGCCAGUCCUGACCCUGCGCUGGGCAGUGUGGCCUCAAUGAGCUCGGCUACUCCCGACUCUAGCGCCAGCCUGGAGAGAGGCUCCACGCCGGACUCUACUCUAAAGCCCAGCCAGGGCAUCGAACGAGGCCGCAGAAGGGGCACCGACACUGUGGAAGAGAUUGCGAUCAGCCUGGGUCAUCAAGGCGGAGGUGGUGGAGGGAACUGGGGCAAAGUGACAUACUCUUGCCCUUACUGCUCGAAGAGAGACUUCCACAGCCUGGCGGUGUUGGAGAUCCACUUAAAGACCAUCCAUGCGGAUAAGCCGCAGCAGAACCAUACAUGUCAUCUCUGCCUGGACACUCUGCCAACGCUCUACAACCUCAACGAACAUGUGCGCAAAGCUCACCGUGGCAGUGGAGGAACCAUAGGCGCAGCAGCAGCUUUCCCCCUGCUGCAGUUCACUAAUGUUACAGCAUUCCACUGUAACUACUGCCCAGACAUGUUUGGAGACAUCAACUCUCUGCAAGAACACAUCAGAGUGUCACACUGCCUUCCUGGCGGGAUUGUGGCGGGGUCCACCACAUUAGAAGGGAACCAUGCCUUCUUCUGCAACCAGUGCUCCAUGGGAUUCUUGACGGAGUCUUCGUUGACAGAACACAUUCAGCAGACGCACUGCACCUCCGCCGGAGGGGGCUCGGCUGCAUCUGGAGGAGGGGUGGCCAAACUGGAGUCUCCUGUACUACAGGCUGCAUCUCAGUCCUUCAUGGAGGUUUACUCCUGCCCUUACUGCACCAAUUCUCCUAUCUUCGGCUCACUCCUCAAGCUCACCAAGCACAUAAAGGAGAACCACAAGAACAUCCCGUUGGCCAACAACAAACGGCAGGCAAAGGUUGCCGACCUAAGCCCCGCCUCCUCUGAUGUAGAGAUCUCCUCCCCGAAACGCCACAGACUGGGAGGGGAAUCCACCCCUUCCAUGGGGAGCAAUGGGGACUACCCGUGCAACCAGUGUGACCUGCGAUUCGCCAGCUUUGAGGGUUUCCAGACCCACCUAAAGUCACAUCUGGAGAUGCUGCUGAGGCGCCAGUCCUGCCCCCAGUGCAACAAGGAGGACUUUGAAUCCCAGGAGGCAUUGCUUCAACACCUGACAGUGCACUACACCACCACGUCCACCCAGUAUGUGUGUGAGAGCUGCGAUAAGCAGUUCUCCUCGGUAGAUGAUCUGCAGAAACACCUGCUGGACAUGCACACAUUUGUCCUGUACCACUGCACUCUCUGCCAGGAGGUCUUUGACUCCAAGGUCUCCAUACAGGUGCAUUUGGCGGUGAAGCAUAGCAAUGAGAAGAAGCUGUUUCGCUGCACAGCCUGUGCCUGGGACUUCAGGAAGGAGACGGAUCUUCAGCUCCAUGUUAAGCAUAACCACCUGGGCCAGAGGUCAGGCCUCCCAGGAGGGCUCGGAGCAGGACUCAAGCCCCGGAAGUGCAUCUUCUGUGGAGAGACGUUUGGAACAGAGGUGGAGCUCCAGUGCCACAUCACCACGCACAGCAAGAAGUUCACAUGUCGCUUCUGCGGCAAAGCUUUCCACGCCAUCUCACUGCUGGAGAGACACCUGAGGGAGAAGCACUGCGUGUUCGAUGGCGGCAACAUCACUGGCAACGGAGGGGGUACAGGGAGCAGCGGGAGUCAGAACGGGACGCCCAAUGGGCUCGGGCAGUCCUCCAAGCGAGGAGGAGGAGGAAGUGGUGGCAACGGAGGUGCAGGAGUCGUCGAAAGAGCAACUGUGGCGGCUGCUGAACAGGCCGACCUGCAGAACAUGUUGUUGAAGAGCGGGGGAGGAGCCGGCCAGGGAGGAGACACUGCCAACAGCCAUGAGGCUAGUGGGGGUGAGGAGGAGCUGGACAACUCGGAGCCCAUGUAUGCCUGUGAUAUCUGCGGAGCGGCCUACACCAUGGAGUCGCUUCUGCAGAACCACCGGCUGCGUGACCACAACAUCCGACCGGGAGAAGACGACGCCUGUUCUCGAAAGAAGAAGGCAGACUUCAUCAAGGGGAACCACAAGUGCAAUGUGUGCUCCAGAACAUUCUUCUCUGAGAAUGGACUUCGUGAGCACGCUCAGACGCAUCGCGGCCCUGCCAAACACUACAUGUGUCCCAUAUGUGGCGAGCGUUUCCCCUCUCUGCUAACCCUCACUGAACACAAGGUGACCCAUAGUAAGAGCUUGGACACAGGAACUUGUCGAAUCUGUAAGAUGCCUCUUCAGAGCGAGGAGGAGUUCAUAGAGCAUUGCCAGAUGCACCCUGACCUCCGCAACUCCCUCACCGGCUUCCGCUGCGUCGUCUGCAUGCAGACCGUCACCUCCACCCUGGAGCUGAAGAUCCACGGCACCUUCCACAUGCAGAAGCUUUCCACCGGUUCUGGACUUGGAGGAGCUGGAGUGGGAGGUGGGAAUGGAGUAGGAGGAGGAGGGAACGGCUCAGCCUCUUCAUCCCCUAACGGGCAGCUGCAGCAGCAUAAGCUGUAUAAAUGCGCCUUCUGCCUAAAGGAGUUCAAGAACAAAGGGGAGCUGGUGAAGCUGGAUGUCAACGGCCUGCCUUAUGGACUCUGUGCUGGCUGCAUGAACAGGGGCACGAACGGCCAGAGCCCCAGCCAGGGAGGAGCUGUCACGCCAGGGGACACGCAGGGAGAGAAGGCCAUGGUCGGGCUGAGGUGUCCAGAGUGCGGGGUGAAGUUCGAGAGCCUUGAGGACUUGGAGAGUCAUGUCCAAACAGAUCACCCCGAGGUCAGCCCUGAAACCAGUGCAGCAGGAAAGAAGGCAGAGGCUUCACCUGCACCUAAGAGGAGGGCAUCAAUCACGAGUGCAAGCUGUGUAACCAGAUGUUUGAUUCACCUGCCAAGCUGCUUUGCCACCUGAUAGAGCACAGCUUUGAAGGCAUGGGAGGUACCUUCAAGUGUCCCGUCUGCUUCACAGUGUUUGUGCAGGCCAACAAGCUCCAGCAGCACAUUUUUGCCGUCCACGGCCAAGAAGACAAGAUCUACGACUGUUCCCAGUGUCCGCAGAAGUUCUUCUUUCAGACAGAACUACAGAACCACACACUGAGUCAGCACGCGCAGUGAGACCGAGGCCCGGCAGGAUCUCUCGGCUCAGCCGGGGCCCCCGACCCGGAGCCGGCAGGGGACUCCCAUCUCCACAUCACAGCCAAUCAAAGUGUCAUUUGCUACUCACAUGUAAAACUCUAACGAUCGCGCCACUGGGCGCGGCUAUUAGGAGCAGCGGGGGAAAGGAAUAUUAAUGGGAUAUGCUAUUAAAUAAAGAAAGGAAAAAGUGGGUGAGAGAAACGGUAAGAGCUAGAUGAAGGAAAGAGAGAAGUGAAAAAAGGUAUUGUACGUGCAGUAUUUUUUAUUGUCUCCCCCCCCCCCACCAGCUUCUUCCCUCCCUUUCUCCUUCCCUCUCCUCCCACCCAUUGCUCCCCAGGUCAGGCAUUUUAUUUUUUUUAACAAAUAGAAAAGAAAAAAAAGCAAGAACACCCUUUGUUUUGGGAUUUUUUUAAUAGAUUGUAGGAAAAAGCUUCACUUUCUCGUCCCCUCAGUUGCUUAUUGUAUUGAACUUCAUAGGUGCCAAUUUCUUUGAUUUUUCUUUCUGCCAUAUGCGCUUAUUUUCUUCGUUUUCAUUUUUGUACCUUUCAUUUCUCGCCGUAGGUACUUGUGCUGUGUUGUGGUUGUUUGUUUGCCAGUCGUAAUAUUCCUGAGUUUUUUCCCCCAACUCUCCUUUUUAUGAUUAUUGUUAUAUAUUUUUUCCUUUUUGUAAUUACUAUUAAAAAAAGACAUCAAACAAAAUAAAGUGCAGAAAAACCAUACAGAUGUUUCUUUUGUUUUGGAUUGGGUUUUCCAGUCUCUAUGGGGCCUAUAAUGGUUAUUGUAAAAAUGAAUAUCAUCGAUUUCAGUGCGUCUGGUCAAUGACUGCUUUUUAAAUGUGAAUUAACCAGAUUGCAAUAAUCUAGUACAGACAAAAAAGAUAAAACAAAUAAAUAAAUGACAAAUAAA